AUGGACUACACCUUCGACGGGGGCGAGGCGCCCAUGGUGGAGGUGGCCAGCGCCGGCGACAGCCCCUACGCCCUUUCCGUGACGCUGCUCGACCCGGUCACGCAGAACCUCAUCUGCCUGCAGCUGAGCGUCGAACUGGGCGGCACCAUCCGCGCCAUCCUCCACUCUUCUCUCCUCGAAAAGCAGCCGUUCUCGAGCAGCUACGUGGCGGAGCUGCUGAACAAGUCGCACUCCAUCCCGCUCACCAUCAAACACCUGCUGCAGGGCAAGUACGGGCUGGCCAAGCAGCAGCAACAGCAGCCCACCCAGUGA